AUGUCCUUCAGCGGGAGGACACCCGAAUCCCUUCUCCCGCGAUCAGACUCGAGAAACCCCGCGACGACGUGUAGAGGCAUCACCACCACCGGAAGACCCUGUCGCAGACCUCUCGCGGCCUCUUCUCCCAAGAACUCGCCCACGCCGUCACCGAGUCGGGGCAACGGGGUCCUCGCCGUGUUGGCAGAGCAGCAUGCCGCGGCUUUCUACUGCUGGCAGCACAAGGACCAGGCCGAGCAGUUGGCAGCCCAGGCCGGGCGGACAAGUCUACACCCGUUGAAAGAGAGGUCGAGCAUCGAAACACUGAUUGAGCAGGUGGGCAUACUCGAGCUGGACGAGGAUGUGGCCCGGAGACACCAUCGACGACGGGAGCCGGAGACUGUCAGGCGUCGGGACACGUUGCCGUCGGGUUGGAACCAGAUGGAGAGUCCGUUGAUGACCGUGCCGGAGGGGGUGGUCCAUGACAGAAGACGACCAAAACGACGACCGCCUCCACCACCACCUGCGCAGUCGAACGUGAAGCUCUCUUGGGCUUGCUGUAUUCAAGCCGAUCACGACGAUGAUCUGCCUCCUGCGAGGGUUCGAAGACAAGAAGAUUGGGAGGAGAGGCGUCCUCGUCCUCGACCUCGACCUCACACCGACACGAGCCGGCCAUCGCCUGCACGACCCGAAAUGCAACAAUCGUCUCCCCUGGCGGCGACACGACCGAAACCGAGUCCCGCGCCCUCCCAGACCCAGACACUCCUGUCGCUCAUCCCGUCCAGUCUCUCACCCCAGACCACCUCGCAAUUACUCGCGGAGCUGUCCCGCCCGAUCUCGGCCGCGGACGAGGCUGGAUACAUCUACAUAUUCUGGCUGACGCCCGAAUCCGAGGUGUCCAAACCCGACGACGAGACGGCUUCGUCCCUUUUAGACGAUGACGACGACCUCGACGACAACACGGGUCUACACGGCCGCAGCAGCUCGCAGAGAACUACCCAGGCGCUUGCCCGCUACGCGUCGGUCCGCCGUCCGCCCAACCAAGUGCAUGCCAAACGGACCAUCACGCUCAAGAUUGGCCGCGCUGCCAAUGUCCACCGACGCAUGACCCAAUGGACGAAGCAGUGCGGGCAGAACAUCACAUUGAUUCGAUAUUAUCCGCACAACAAUAACAAGAACAGCGCGCAUGCUCCUUCUGGUCGUCGUCCACCUCAUCCUACACCCGCCAGCGCGUCUCCCGAGACCCGCAGCGCCAAAGUCUCGCACGUCCACAAGGUCGAACGGCUCAUCCACCUGGAACUCUCGGAGAAGAGGGCCGUCAAGAGCGGGUGCGAGCAAUGCGGCCGCGAGCACAAGGAGUGGUUCGAGAUCGAGGCCACGCGCCAAGGCCUGAGAGGUGUGGACGAGGUCGUCAGACGGUGGGUGGCAUGGGCCGAGAGACAGUGA